AGCCUAGGUGCUGACCACCACAGGUAUAGCCAUGGAUGCUAAUCAAGGCCCAGGUCAGGGUAGUCCAGAAAGCCCUAACCGGGCCGUGGAGUAUCUCCUUGAACUCAACAACAUCAUCGAGAGCCAGCAGAAGCUUUUGGAAACACAGCGGCGCAGAAUCGAGGAACUAGAGGUUCAAUUAGACCGGCUCAGCCAAGAAAACAAGGAUCUGCGCCUAGACCGGCAACCCGUGGCACCUCCUCCCCCUGCUCCUCCACCCGAGCCUCCUCUGCCUCCUCCUCCUCCGCCACCUCCACCCACUCACACCACAUCAGCAUCUGUCUCUCUGAAGAAUCAUUACCACCACAAUAUCCUCCACCAAGCUGCUCCCCAGCCUCCCACCUCCAUCUCCCUCCACCAGCAGCACCACCAGCAGCAGCACCACUACUCCUACAACAGCACUGUUGGCACUCCAGGUACGACUCCAACCUCCAUCUCCGUCCCCACCCACGUCCCAGCUCCGGUGUCGCCCGCUACACCUGAUCCCCCACCCCCACCUCCAGUCCCACCCAGGGACCAGCCGCGGGCCCACAGCCGGCUGACCCGAGUGCCCUCCACCAGCACAGGCACCAACACCAACUUUGUGGAGAAAGAGAAGGAAAGGCUAGAGCGACUUCACAGAGCCAAUGCUGCCAACAACCAUCACGCCCACACCCUCCACCACCACAAACCUGUGGAGGGAGACCCUCGGUGUUCGGAGACUCUCACUUUCUCUGACUCGUCCUUCGCUCAGGCUCCUCCCUUCCAUCGUUAUAGCAACAGCCCGCUCACCAGCCCCUGUGACCCCUACUGCCCCCCGUCCUCCACUAGCGGGCCCCUAGGAGCCUCCCAUACAAACACAGAGGGCAACUCCCCCAUCACUCCCCCCAGCCCGGCCAGCCUCGCCUGGGCUCAGCGCAGCAGACACCAGCCGGCCAGCCUGGCGCUCCGUAAGCAGGAGGAGGAGGAGAGCAAACGCUGUAAGGCCCUCUCAGACAGCUAUGAGCUCUCUACAGACCUCCAGGACAAGAAGGUGGAGAUGCUGGAGAGAAAGUAUGGGGGGCAGUUUGUGUCCCGGCGGGCAGCGAGGACAAUCCAGACAGCGUUCAGACAGUAUCGCAUGAAGAAGAACUUCAUGCGACUCCGCAGUUCAGCCUCCGAGAGCCGCAUGACUCGCCGCAUUAUCCUCUCUAACAUGAGGCUGCAGUAUUCGUUCGACGAGCGCCAGCCGCAGGGUCUGCAGUCGAGCGGUCAGCAGGGUUCAGACGAUGCUGGCGACACGGACGACUCCUUCUCCAAACAGGUUAAGUGUUUGGCUGACUCCAUGGACGACUCCCUCACCUGCCAGUCUGUCCGAGAGGACUCCCAAGAGGUUGGAGGAGAAGGAGAGGAUGACGACGAGGAGGACCAAGAGGAGGGGGAUGAGGAGGAGGAGGAGGAGGAAGAGGAAGAGGAGGAGGAAGGGGAGGAGGAUGAGGACGAGGAUGAAGAAUACAGACAGUGUGCGUGGCGUAACACCAACACCACUUCCAGACGAGCUGUGGGAGGAGGCGGGAGAGGAGGCGCCGCCAUGCACGAGGACAGCACCACCACCUCCUUCAGCGACGUCACCCUCUACAUGGACGAGGGCUGCCUCCCGCCCUCGCCCCUCUCCCGGCCCCCGUCCAGCUCCGACACCGAGUACUGGGGGGGCCGCGGAGGAGCGAGUGGGAGGGAGGACAGCCGGGAGACGGAGGGAGGCAGCACUGGCAGCAGGAGGAGCAGCACUCCCUGCACCGAGUGUCGGGGGGAGUACAGAGGGAGGCCAGGAGGAGGAGGAGGAGGAGGAACAGAGGGGGGAGGGGGCCACCUGCCUGUCCUCACCAUCGAACCACCCAGUGACAGCUCUGUGGACAUGAGUGACAGGUCAGAGCGUGGCUCCAUCGGGCGGCUCGUGUAUGAACAGGAUCCAUCAGGGGCGCAGCGAGGAGGAGAGAGGGAGAGGAGGGGAGGUGGAGGAGGGGAGGGUGAGAGUGGAGAGGAUGAACGAGGAGGAGGAGGAGGAGGAGGAGGCGGAGGAGGAGGAGGAGGAAGCAGCGAGGCGGAUUCUCCACAGGGCACCAUCAAACACAAACCCGCCGGCCGAUCGGUGGCCACGGCUCAGGGUCAGACCCGCAGCCCGUCCAACGUUCCGCUGCCCAUUCCCUCCGCCCGGACCCUGCCCUCUCACCCGCUGCCCCACACACACCCUCACCCCUUACCCAUCCCCCACCUGCCGACGGUGCUCCACCACCAUCAGCAGUACGGCCAGCCGCAGCCGCUGCACAUGCACCACGGCGGCAGCCCGUACAUGCACCACACACACCACUUCGCCCAGCACCACUACCACCACUUGCACCAUCAGCACCACCACCACCUCCCCCACGCCUAUCCAGAGCCUCCCGCCUCCCCUCUGCCCUCCCCCGUGCCGCCCCUCACCCCCCUCUCUUCGAUGCCGCCGCCGUCGCUCGCCACCUCGCCGAUGUCGUCGGCGCUGGCGCUCCAGAACAUGGAGCAGCACCACCACCCGCACCUCCACCACCACCACCUGCUCUGCUCCGACGGGGACAACGAGAGCGUCAACUCCACCACCACCAACUCCAACGACGACACCACCGUCAACAACUGCAGCUCCGGCUCCUCGUCGCGCGACAGCCUGCGGGAGCCGAUGGCCGGCGCCACGCUGGGGAAGCAGACCUACCAGAGGGAGAGCCGCCACAGCUGGGAUUCUCCCGCCUUCAACAACGACGUGGUGCAGAGGCGGCAGUACCGCAUCGGGCUCAACCUCUUCAACAAGAAACCAGAGAAAGGGAUCCAGUACCUCAUCGAGAGGAGCUUUGUGUCGGACACGCCGGUCGGCAUUGCUCGCUUCAUCCUGGAGAGGAAAGGUCUGAGUCGGCAGAUGAUCGGGGAGUUCCUGGGCAGCCGCCAGCAGUUUAACAAGGAUGUGCUGGACUGUGUCCUGGACGAGAUGGACUUCUCGGGGAUGGAUCUGGAUGACGCUCUGAGGAAGUUCCAGGCUCAGAUCAAAGUCCAGGGUGAAGCUCAGCGGGUGGAGCGUCUGGUGGAGGCCUUCAGCCAGAGGUACUGCGUUUGUAACCCGGUGCUGAUCCGGCAGUUCCAGAACCCGGACACCAUCUUCAUCCUGGCUUUCGCCAUCAUCCUCCUCAACACGGACAUGUACAGUCCCAACGUGAAGCCGGAGAGGAAGAUGAAGUUGGAGGACUUCAUCAAGAAUCUGAGGGGUGUAGACAACGGACAGGAUAUCCCUCGCGACCUGCUGGUGUCGAUUUAUGGGAGGAUCCAAAAAUGGGAGCUGAGAACCAACGACGACCAUGUGUCUCAGGUCCAGGCAGUGGAGAGGAUGGUGGUCGGAAAGAAGCCUGUGUUGUCGCUGCCUCACCGCAGGCUGGUGUGUUGCUGCCAGUUAUUCGAGGUUCCUGAUCCAAACCGGGCUCAGCGGAGCGGCGUCCAUCAGAGAGAAGUGUUCCUGUUCAAUGACCUGCUGAUGGUGACGAAGAUCUUCCAGAAGAAGAAGACCUCAGUGACCUACAGUUUCCGACAGUCCUUUCCACUGGUUGACAUGCAGGUUCACACCUUCCAGAACACCUAUUACCCUCACGGGAUCCGGCUGACCUCGGCAAAUCCUGGAGGAGAGAGAAAGGUUCUGAUCGUCUUCACAGCUCCGAGUCAGCAGGAUCGAACCCGCUUCACCUCUGACCUGCGUGAGAGCAUCGCCGAGGUGCAGGACAUGGAGAAAUACCGUGUGGAGUCUGAGCUGGAGAAACAGAAAGGCGUGAUGCGUCCAGGUGGCAUGGGUAUGCCGGUUGGAGCCAACAUGGGUGGAGGACCUCUCAAGUCUGAGGUGGUGAACGGCACUCUGGGUAGGCCGAGCCUUGAUGACACAUAUGCAUCGGUAGAUGGACUGAAACGGACCGCCCUCAGCUCAUCCCUCAGGGAUCUCUCAGAGACAGGGAAGCGAGGGCGCAGGAACAGUGUGGGCUCAUUGGACAGUACCAUCGAAGGUUCCAUUAUUAGCAGCCCGCAACCUCACCAGCAGCGCCCCCUGAUGGCUGGGGGUCUGCCCUACAGCCACAUGAUGGUCCCCACGUCUCCAGCAGCCUACCGGCCACACCGCCCUACUCAGAGCCCCGGUACAGGGGUGGGGGGUGGGCCGGGGCUCUGUCACAACCAGGGGGGCGUUACCGCCUCCCACAUCGGGAGCGGGGGUACAGUCGGGGGCGUAGUCGGGACAGCGGGGGUCGGCGGCCCGAGUGGCAGUGGCCUACUGGGGAACUUGUUCGGCAGCCGCAGAGGGAAGGUUCCUGGUCCCCUGACGAUGACGUCCCCGCCUCCCCAGGGUCCCCCGAGUCCCCUGAUGAUAUCGUCCCCCCCACACUACCCCGCACCCGCCCCGCCCAUCCCCCACCCAUCCUCCCCUUCCCCAUGCCCCUCCCCCUCGGCCAACCUCGGGCAGUCGGACUCGGGAGGGGCUGGCGUGGCAGGCGGUCCUGGAGGAGGCCCGUCCAAGCUCCAGGCCCUGCAUGCACAGUAUUGCCACGGCAACAAUGGAGGAGGCGGAGUCAGUGGGCAUCCUCAGCAGCAGACCCCUCCCCCACCCUACCACCACCACCACCGCUUCCACGUGCAGAGCGUGCCGCAGCACCAGGCCCUGUCGCAUCGGUUCUCCGCCCCCCGCCGCCCGGCUGUGCCCGGCGGCGGGCUGCCUCACACCCAGCCAUGGCUACAGCACGCCACCACGCCACACCCACGCUACAACAUGGCGUCCGGCUUCAUCACCCCGCCGCCGCUGUCCCCACGUUCCCCCGUCACCCCCACCACACCACACGGACUUUACCACUCGCACCCUGCGGCAGGGCGGACUGGCGGCAAGCUUCCGCUGACCAUCUCUCACUCCCAGCCGCACCCGCACGCUCACACACACUCGCACAACCACGCCGCGCACGCACACUCCCCCCUAAGCCCCUCUCCCUCAGCAUCCCCCGCCACCCACUUCAUCUUCUCCACCCCUCCGCCACAGACGCCCUCCGCCCGCCUCGUCAGCCAGACGGCCUCGCAGCCCUACACCCCCCAGUACCCGCCCCUCUCCUCCAUCCCGCCUCCCCCGCCGCACUCUCCCCUACCUCCCCCAUCCACUGCCCCGCUCUCCCCGCUCCCCCCAGGGGCUGGGGGAGGCCAGGGGGGCGGAGCCAAGUCGAAGCCCGUCAGCAGGAUCAGCACGGUCGUGUGAGGAGGCAGAAGCACCGCCGGGCGGUGACGCGGUCGAGGGGGAGGAGGAGAGUCGGCGGGGGAGGGCCGGUUCAGGUGUAUCAGCAUGGCCGCCUGGUGAGGAGGAGGAGGGCAAUGAGGACGGGGCAGAGGAACCUGCUGAGUCUCUGCUACUUCCACAUCCACUUCCCCCACAGGUAGAACAGCUACCUGCUGGAGAGACUUCCCCUCUGUAAAACUUAUCUAAGCCAUCCAGAUUCUACUAUGACUUUUUAACAGAGGCCUUCAGGCUCCUACAGGGUGAGCAGUUUGUCAAGGAGACAGGGUGAAUGUGAUGAUGAAGAUAAUGAUGAUGAUGAUGUCACUGUACCUAUUUCAACAGGUGGGAAAUGAAGGUUUGAAAUUCGUUGUAAAGUGAAUCCUGAAUCAGCAGAGGGAAUGAAUGAAUGAAUGAAUGAACAAGUGAAGGAACCAAUGACCAA